AUACCAACCAUCCCUUCCAGUCUUCCCACUCACCUCGCACCAACCCUCACAGAUACACCACUGUCACCCCCUUGGUCCUCAGUACCUGCUUCACAACACAAUGGCGGACAAUGCUGAGAUGGACUUGGAUGAAGUCCCCCCUGUCGAGGAGAAUGAGCCAAGCUCCAAAGCGUCCUCUAAUCCCAAGACAGCCGCAGGAGCCUUUGCCGUCCGCUCAAUCGAAGGCUGGAUCGUUCUUGUGACCAAUGUCCACGAGGAAGCGAGUGAGGAGGAUCUUCAAGAUCGUUUCGGUGAAUUUGGCGACAUUCAAAAUCUUCACCUUAACUUGGAUCGAAGAACUGGUUACGUUAAAGUAUGAUUUAUACCCCUGUGUUGACCCGGAUUUAUACGGCUCCCGAAUAAUUGAUGAAGGGGAAUGUGAUUGCCAGGGAUACGCCUUGAUCGAAUUCUCCACACUUUCCGAAGCUCGCGAAGCGAUUGCCGGCACCAACAACACAAAGUUACUCGAGCAGACUAUAUACUCGGAUUUUGCCUUCGUUCGCCCACCACCCACUUCCCACAACAGUCGCGGCGGCGGAGGAGGUAGGCGGGGUGGGGGUGGUCGGGGAGGGUCGGGUCGUCCCAGGAGCAGGUCGCCGGGUGCGAAGGAUGAGGCGGCUCCAAGCAGGAGUUUGCAGGAUAGAAUUACCUCAUAAUAAAAGUUUGUUCUAGCUCCGAACAUUACAUGCUUGGAGCGGAGGGAAAACAACCGAACAUUGGCCAAAUCUGGUGUCUACGGCCCCUGUUGCGUUAUUAUCAUUAUUACUCCCGCUAUUUUUAUUAUGUCGGAGUUGGUAGGAGUUGGUAAGAACUCCCAGCCCAAUGGCCGGGGGGGCUGUAUUAAAUUUAUAAUGGGAGCAGAUGGAGAUUGGCUAGCGUUUCUGAAGCUAUACAGUAUUCGUACCGUGUUGUAUUAUUAGUGACCGUCUGCGGCAAUUUUGUGGUUGGGUUCAGUCGAGAUGCAUAUAGAAUUAACUCUGUGUGGGUAGGGCAUAACUGUUGACUCCCUCGACAUUCCAGUGCCAACAGAGUGCAGUGGCGUGGAGUGACGGAUAAUGGAUCACUG